GUUCUUUCUUCUCUUAUUUUGCCCGCUUUCCCCUCCCCUUGGCGCUCUCGUACCCGCCGCCGAUCGCGCUCGGCUCGCUUCGCGGGAAGGGCUUCUUCUGUUUCUGGUCUCUCGUCGAUCUCGAUACUUCUCCUACGCAACACCACUAGUCGGCUCGGUUAUCUCUGUCCUGCGCUGUCUGUGCCCGUCCCGUCCGUCGCCGUCGCUGGGCUGGGCUGGGCUGGGCUGGCGAACGGGCUCUUCGUCGGGUGCGUAGUAUGUAGGUAAUGCACCUACGUGUUGUGCUGCCGUGGACGGGCAAGUAGAUAGAUACGUAAAUGCGCACAGUGCGGUAGAAGCGGUAAUGCUCAAUUGCCUCGCUCGAGGGCCUCGCGAUGCCUACGAUACAUACAUACCGACAGAUAGACAACAGACCUCUCCGACCCAACCCAGGUCAUCUGCACAUCUUCGCACCAAGGACCAAGGUCUUACCAAGCCCUUCUUCUCUCCAUUUCUAUACUUUGCUUUUUUUUUCAUCUGCCUCUUUUUUCUCUUACACGCGACUAUGGUGGAACCCAAAGCGGGACGGACGGACGAACGGUCAGUCGGGUCGGUCGGUCGGGGGGGGUAAGAGGGUCGAUUUCUGUACACAUCGUUCGAGAUGUGGCGAGAGGAUUGGCCGAGGGAGCUUCAGACUCGCUCUACCUGCAACAGCCACCAGUAUGGCGCCCCAUAUCGUGUGGGCGGACAUAACGUGCGGAGAGCGAGCCAGCGAGCCAGCGAGCAACCUACCUACCUACCUACCUACCUCUCCCCUAUGGAGAGAGUCAUGGCUAGUCCUGGAUUUCGCCGCCGCCGUCCACUCCGCGUAGCCCUCUCGUCCUAUGGCCGUCGUGAGUCGCAUUCGCUCUGCGUGUGCUGCCCAAAAGGAAGGACUGUCUGACUUGCUUGGGCAGAUUACAGCUGAACCGCGACGUGCCCAUAGCCGUGGACGGGAGGGUGUGCGAGAGUCAGAGUCGGGGUGAGAAGAGGCGUGUUUGGUAGGUGGGUAUGUGUGUAUCUGUGUGUGAGUGGGUGAGAGGCACGGCACGCACUAACCCACAUCUCACGCGACCAAGUCACGCUGAUCUUGGAAAUCUCAUCUCAUCUCUCUCUUUCUCUCUGUCUGUCUGUCUGUCUCUCGUUCUCUCCACCAGCGACGC